AGAAAAGCAAAUACACUUCCCUGAUGAGGCUUCCAGAGGAGCAAGAAUAGCGACGUGAUGCCACCUGCAGCCCUAUAAAGAUUGGCCCCUCUGUCUUCCCCUCACAGUCGUGGCCUCUUAACGUUCUUGUGUUCAAGUGCCAAAAUGAGUGACCGCUAUCUAGAACAAAGGAUUAGUAUCAAAUUUUGCGUGAAAUUAAACAAGUCGGCAAGCGAGACCCACCAUCUUUUAAAAGAAGCUUAUGGGGAGGAAGUCAUGUCAAGGGCCAGAGUUUUUGACUGGCACAAAAGGUUUAAAGAAGGGCGAGAAGACAUUCGAGAUGAUGCCCGAAGUGGUCGUCCAGUCACUCACCGGACGGAUGAAAAUAUCCGGAAGGUCAAGGACUUGGUUUGUUCCAACAGGCAGUUAACCGUGAGGAUGAUGGCUGAAGAGUUAAAUUUAGAUAAAGAAACCGUUAGACUCAUUCUCAAAGAAAACUUGAAUAUGAGAAAAGUUUCUGCAAAAAUUAUAUCAGGUAUUCUGAAGGGUGAGCCUCAACCUCGCAAACUUGACUUUCGGUCUGAUCUUUCCAAGGAAACGAGGAAAAAUAGCUCAUGUGUGGGGAAAAAGGGAGCAGUUAUUUGUGUUUUCUGGGUCUGCACGGUCGAUAAAUUUUCAACGAGCAGUGAUUCUGUCCCUCAUCUUUCACGGCUUUAUGGGCCUUCAGGGAACGGAAUCAUAACAUCCUGGUUUCCCAUAAGUUCUCUGGCCGCUACCCUGGCACCAAUUAAAGACACGUCCAUGCCAUUCAUCAAAACCACUUGGGAAGCGCUCGGGCGCUGCUCCUCUGAUGUGCCGCCUGCCCCACCUACAGUAGUUCCUCGGCUGCCGCGAUGGAGCCAGGCACACAGGCGCUUUUGAUGAAUUGGUUGUGCCGGCCACACGUGUUAACUAUGUCAUCUGCCAUGACGAAUGAGGCUCCCAGGUGGAUCCGUGUGAGCCGAGCAGCCCUGCUGGCUGGAGGUGGCUCCGUUUCCACGGCCAGCCUGGGACGCGGCGGCAGCGUGCAGGGUACACACUCCAUCGUGUCCGCUGGAGUCCUGGAGGCCUCUAGUGUUGGAGCUGAGAGUCGUCGUGACGGAAACUGGGGGCCAGGCUCUGUGCUGGGGGCUGGUGGGAAUGGGACCCUAUUUCAACGUCUGCACACAUGAGAAUCAAGACCCAGCAGAGUGAGGGGCCUGCCAAAGCCUUGCCUUGCGGGGAGAGAUCGCCAAGGAGGCAUCGUUCCUACUUUUGAGGAACGAAAGCCCUAGAUGAGCAAGUAAACUUGCAAGAGGGUAAAAAUGAGGGCCUGGUGCCAGGACAGCUUCUCAAGGGUUAAACGGGGCUUUCCUCCCUUCCUUCUGCAGACAUUUAUCAAGAGGAAGAGGGUCUGGGUUUUAGUCACCCCUGCAAUCCCAAGAGCAUGUGAUUUGAAGUUGACAGGUGUGUGUCCUGGCUCUCCUUUGAGUUGAUGUAAUCCUGAGCAAAUCUCUUUUCUGAACCUUGGGUUCCGUGGCUGUCAGACGGGGACAAGCCAUAUAUUGCCUACCCAGUUACACCCUAGAGACAUUGCGAAGCCCGACCGAGGUAAUGGGUGUGAAAGCGUAAGAGUCCCGCACAUGUUACUUAUUAUUCCCAUCAUUACCGUCUCGAAGGCCCCCUGGCUGAAAGCGCUGCCAUACGGAUCCACAGAUAGCUUCAACUCUCUUCCUCUUCCUGCCCCUUUCCAAAUGCACAGGAAAGAAAAGGAUCUAAAACCAACUGGUCCUCUGCCUACAAUCUCAACAGCUUUCCCAGAGAGUCCGUGACACAGAACGAGGAAGAACUUGGCUGUGGUAAGUCAAUGUCAUUCCACAUGUUGAUCGAGCACCUGCCACAUGCCAGAUGUUGGCCCCGCUGUCUGGGGAAUCAGACUUGGAUAAGACCUGUUCCUUGGCCACCUUGAGAAGCUCCCCAUUUAGUGGGAGAAACAGACAUGGACGUAAAUAACUCUCAUAUGCUGCAGAAAAAUACCACUGCCGUAGGCAAGAUACACAUCAAGCGCCGUGGGAGUCAGAGGAGGCAAUGAUUCAUUCCCUAGAAGGAGAGCGGGACAAGUUUCACCAAGGCAGUGACGUUAAGGCCUGGGCAGGGGUUAGCGCUGUCAGGAAGCGGGAGCACCAGGGCACAUGCAUAGAACACCACGGGCAAAUGCAUGGAAUCCUGAAAGGAACGGUGAUCUAGAGGAAAGAAUAAAAUCGAGUAAGGCAGGGAGCGUGAGGAUGAGCAAAAGAAGACUCGCUGGGCCCCAGCUCUGAAACCCAGGCAUGGCUGCUGCUGUUUCACUGUUCUCUUGGCCAGCUGAGGUCACCUUGGCCUCAGUCCCUCAUGGCAGAGAAUCCUGCACCCGCCCUUCCUCCAGCCAGGCCCAUCCCGAGCCCCAGGCGGGAGAGCCAACGCUACAAAUGAACAGGAACUAGCAACGACUAGAUCCAAAGCGGUCUGGGCUGGGAAGCCCUGGUCACAGCCAUUCUGCCCAGGUGAGAGCAUCACACAGAGGCAGCAGUGACACCAACAUCUGAAGCAGGACAGCAAGGACCUGAGGCCUCUCGGCGUGGAUCGCGUACAGCGUCUCUUUCCUUCCCUCCUUUGUCUGACUUCUUCUUUACGAAGGCUGCUGUCAGAAAGGCUUUGGAAAGCCAGGAGCUGCAGCUGGGCUCAAAGCAUGGCCAUGGGUCACCCAAGGGGCUCAUAUCGUCUCUGUCCUUCCAUUUUUCAUUAUAACAGGGUUUUUUAUUGUGCCAAUAAUAGUGAUAAGACCGAAAACCUCAAAAGAGGAGAAAGAAGAAAAACCACUCACUCACAUGUUAGUUUCCAUCUCUUCUUGCCCCUGCCCGCCAGCGACUGUGGGCACAGUUUUAGGGGGCAGCUUUGAUCGCUGACACGAUGACAUAUUCUUACAACUCAGCCUUGUAUCAGAAAGCUUUUUCCAUUUUGCCACAUUACUGUCAAUCUCUGGUGUCCACAGAGGCCUGACCCUGUUUUUCCCAAGACUGAAGAAAGAUGCCCAGGCCAUGUAAAAGGGUGCCCCAUGGUGGGCCUGGGGUGUAGCUGUCACUUGGCGUCAUGGUGCAGAGGAAAAACAUGGCUCUGCCAUCACACAGACUUGGGCUGGCAUCUCAGCUCCUCGACUUUGAAGCUGGGUGGACCUGAGUAGAUCCCUCCAUCCCUUUGAGCCUCAGGUCCUUGUCUGUGAAAUGGGGAUGCCAUCCGUACCACCCUCAUAGGAUCGUUGUUGUGAGAAAUAAAUGAGAGACCACAGGGAAAUGCCCCUAAAUGGUGGCUCUCCUUCCCACGCCCCCGUGGGGGCUGACCUUGCGUGCACUG